CGUCCCGGCGUGCAUUGUGACAGCCUGUGCCCUGUUUGCCCUGCCAGACUCCCCUGUGCAGCAAUGUCCCUCUUAAAGUCUAGCAAACUUCUCUGCAAUGUCGGGAAUUAUUAUCCUUGUUUGUCGUCUUUUCCCGUCAGGGCCAGCUCCUGGUGGUCGCAUGUGGAGAUGGGUCCACCUGAUCCCAUUCUUGGAGUAACAGAAGCUUUCAAGCGUGACUCUAACCCCAAAAAAAUGAAUCUUGGUGUGGGUGCUUAUCGUGAUGACAAUGGCAAGCCUUAUGUACUUAGCUGUGUGCGCAAGGCUGAGGCGCAGAUUGCAGCUAAGAAGCUAGACAAAGAGUAUCUUCCAAUUGCUGGCCUAGCUGACUUUAACAAGGCUUCUGUGGAGCUGGCCCUAGGGCCUACUAAUGAGGUCAUAAAAAGUGGUCGGUUCACAACUGUGCAGACCAUUUCAGGAACUGGGUCUCUUCGUGUGGGAGCCAACUUCCUGGCAAGAUUUUACCAGGCCAGCCGUGAUGUAUACCUUCCAAAACCAUCUUGGGGUAACCACACACCCAUCUUCAGAGAUGCUGGAAUGCAACUUUCUGGAUAUCGUUACUAUGACCCUAAAACAUGUGGAUUUGACUUUGCUGGUGCCUUGGAAGAUCUGUCUAAAAUCCCAGAAAAGAGCAUCAUUCUGUUCCACGCCUGUGCUCACAAUCCCACUGGUGUGGACCCCAAACCAGAGCAGUGGAAGGAGUUGGCUUCAGUUGUUAAACAAAGAAACCUAUUUUCCUUCUUUGACAUGGCAUAUCAGGGGUUUGCAAGUGGAGAUAUUGAUCGUGAUGCAUGGGCUGUCCGCUAUUUCAUCGAACAAGGCCUUAAUGUUGUUCUUUCUCAAUCCUAUGCUAAAAAUAUGGGAUUAUAUGGUGAGCGUGUAGGAGCCUUCACUGUUGUGUGUAGUGAUGCUGAUGAGGCAAAACGUGUUGAAUCCCAGUUGAAGAUCCUGAUUCGCCCAAUGUAUUCCAACCCCCCACUUAAUGGGGCUUGUAUCGCUGCCACUAUUAUGAACACCCCUGAGUUAAGGCAGGAAUGGUUGCAAGAAGUAAAAGGAAUGGCUAACCGUAUAAUUGGCAUGAGGGAACAGCUUGUGUCCAAUUUGAAAAAGGAAGGGUCUAGCCAUAAUUGGCAGCAUAUCAUUGACCAGAUUGGCAUGUUCUGUUUCACUGGCCUCAAACCUGAGCAGGUUGAACGUCUCACAAAGGAGUUCUCUAUCUACAUGACAAAAGAUGGGCGCAUCUCUGUGGCUGGUGUGUCAUCAUCAAAUGUAGCUUACCUUGCCAAUGGAAUACACCAGGUCACCAAGUAAAAGUGCAUAUGUGUUGGAGUGAAACCAGUUCAUUUAUUUUUGAGUACUUGCAUCUGGAACGUAGAGAACAACUCAAAGUUGUGUGCGACAAGUUAAAUGUGUUUCCCCUAGAAGGCAACCUUAAUUAUGAGCUUUGGAGCUCGGUAAUCUUAAAAGCAACUGUCUACCAUUUUAGAUACAUGCCUACUGUAAAGAAUCACACACUUGUACUCUGCUACUUAAUACAACUCCAAGUUGUUCCAUAGAAUCUCAUUUUUUACCUUAUUCCAGGAUGUGGUGGCAGCGAUUGCAAAGAAUAUGGUUUGAUUAGCAGGAGCUUUAAUUUAGAUUACAGCUGCAUCCAAAAUUUGUAUGGAAAAUUUUCCAAAUAAUCCAUUGAUAAUGCAAGCAUUGUGAACACAUUCUCUGGGUAAAUAACUGCCCUUAUUUUGCCUAAGUAGUGGUUCAUUCUUACUAUGUAGUUUAAGGUACCUUGACACAAGGAUACAAUCAAACUACUUUAAGGAUGCCUUGCAUCAUUUAUGGAAGUUGUGGCCCCAAAAUCCACUAGAGCUACCAAUUGAUUUUUUUUUUUUUGUGGGCGGGGGAGAGGAGAAGUCCUAUCUAAAAGUUGCUUGUUUAGAUUGUGGCUACAUAACUCGUCAUCCAUGCCUACUUAACUAAAUACACAGAGCCAGUACCAAAAAUUCUCAAUGCUGAAUUUGACAAAAAAUGCUUUAGGCAUAUUCUUGUAAUGGAAUGUUGUCUUUAUUGGGUCUCUAACUUUUGCACAUUUAAAAAAAAAAAAAAAAAAUUGUAAAUGUCUAAAUUUCAAAAUUGCUUCAGAAUCUUUUCCUCAGAUAUAGUUCUUAGUUGUGCGGAAGAGUAAAGGCAAUGAAAAAUGAAACCAAAUACUACUGCAUCCAAUUUAUAGUUAAAAUACAUUUAAUAUUUUCAAAACAAAUCUUAAAUGCCAGAUACAAUUUUUUUUUUUUUUUGGUCUGCACAGUGUCCAUUAUCUAAAAGGAACAGUGCUGUUCAUUUCAUCAGCAGGGUCAACUGUCAAAUUUGUAACGUAUGAAAAUGCCCACAUUUAAGAGUUAUAAAACAGAUUUUGGUAUCUGAUCAAAAGUAUUAACCUCUGUGGUUACAUAAGCACUUGGAAAAUGUGUGUAUAAAUGUAUUCACACAUGAGCUGCACUUUUUGAUAUUGUGUCAUUUGUCCAAAUAAAAAUGAACUGCAAUCAUGA